UACUUGUAACAACAACAACAACGAUAUAAACAAAUAUGGCUGCCUCCAUGGUACAGAGAAUUAGCCGGUUAUUUUUUCGUAUUAAACAAUACAUUCCCGUCAAUCCGUCUGAAUAUAGAUAUGCAGGUCUUUGUGGAAAACUACAAACAACAUUCAUGAAAGACAUGAGAUAUUCUCAACCACUCAGAACAGUAACACUUGCGCCAGCAUUAGGAUUCUUGAGCUUUUUCAUGAAAAAGGAGGAAGAACUUACUGACCAAGAUAAAGUACGGGAAGUUGUUUACAAGGGAAUAUACGCCAAAGAGCAGGGGAAUAUUCGGGAGGCCAGCAAGGCGUUUCAUGAAGCCUUGAACAUGUCGACGGACUUCUUGAAUGAGAAAAAGAUUUCAAAUAAAGAAAAUUUGAAUCAUAAGGUAUUCAUAUAUGACCAGAUUGCAAAUUUAUGUUUGGAAACUGGUGACUGGAAAUCAGCAGAAGUAGUUUUUAAGGACACAAUGAAGUUAGCGUUGCAGUUAGGAAUGGCGGAGAACGAUAAUGCUAUGAUAGAAAUGUCUUUGAAACUUGCCACAAUAUAUUUAUAUUCCGGUAGAAUAGAACUUGCCCUAACUGGACUGAAGCACUGUAUAACGGAACAAGAAACUAAACUGAAAGCAAGACAAUCUGCAGCAGAGAAUGGAAGCACAGAAGACGAUUCUGAGAAGGCAAAAGAAGAGGAUGUCAAUACUAAAGUAUUACUAGGAAAAGCAAUGAAACAUCUAGCCAACUAUCAUCUACAGAAAAAUGAUUAUAAAGGCGCUGAGUCACUGUUGCAGAAAUCUCUUGAAAUUUCACAGGAAACAUUGGGUAGUAAUGAUGAUAACUCAUUUGCUAUAAUGAAUGACUUGGCAACUUGCCAAAUAUUGUUGAAGGAGUAUGAAAAUGCUGAAAAACUGUUAAAAGAUGGUAUAAAACUCAGUCGUAAAGCUCAGAGUCUCAUGCAGUCUGCAUUUCUAUCAAAUCUUGGUGCUUUGUAUAUAAGGACUAAAAGAUUUAGUGAGGCUGAGAAAGCAUGUGAACAGGGAUUGAAGGUAGCGGAGAAUGGAAAUGAUGAGUACCUUAAAGGCCCGUGUAGAGAUUGUCUUGCACGUUUAGCCCAGAUAAAAGCUGCUAGUAAAGACUGAAACCUGAUGUCACAUUGGCCAUAGCUUUUCCAGCAGCGGUGUAGUAUUAGUGAAAGCCAUGGCCAGUGUGUACUUAAUACAAAAUAAUUUAUGUAUAACUAAUAUUUCAGUGAAAGCAUUGACUGAAAGAACCUUGAGCUUUGUUAUUGUUGAAAUAGUGUUGUUCUGAACUUUUAAGACUGAAGUGAUACCAUUUUGUUAUUUCCUCAUUAUAUUGACACAGUAUGUUACAUGUUUUUAGGGAAAUUUUUUAAAAUAUGUAAAAGUAAACCGUGCAGAACAUGGUCCGUGUCCAAGUUAAUAAAAAAUUUAGAGCACAAUAUUAGGACUAUUAAAUUUUGAUGGGUCAGAAACCAGCACAGAAUGAUUAAUAACCUAAUAUUCGACUCAGAAGUCUGAUAAAAGUAACUCGGAUAACAGUUUUAUAACCUUGAGGCGAGAUGGCAUAUCUGUGCCGUCCAAUGUCCUUUCUUGGUGUGCAUUGAUUGCAGGAGUAAAAUCAGUUAAUGCCAGUGUGCCAAGGUUUAAAUGUACUAUCAUCUAUCACACAAGGUGAUUUGUCGAAGUCUAAGGCACUUUCAUAAAAAAACUUCAAAUUAAUUGGGAAUAUAUGAUUGUAAAUGUAUGAUAUAUAUAUAAAGGUAUAUUUAUUUUUUACCUUCGCUAAGCUUCUUGUUAAGUUUGAUGUUUUGAAAAUUUGUUUAUACAUUUGGAGACAUAGGUUUCAUGUUGUUAAAAUCACAUUUUUUUUAAAGAUUUCUUUUAACCCUUUCCCCCAUGAGCAUAUUGUGAAAAAUGGCCGUUUUCACUGAAAAGCCUCCUGUUACAAGUUCAAACUGCUAUGAAACUAUGAAAAAUGCUUCAAUACUAAUCAAACUUGGCACAAAUGUUGACUGGACCAUUGCCUUUGUAACUACAUGCUCAGUCUUUAAUUUCCUGUUACCAUGGCAACGAGGGGACAUCUCAAAAUUGCCAAAAAUCACUAUUUUGCCUCGAUUUUUUCCAUCAAAAUUUAUUUCAAAGUGCUGCAACUGUUCAAGGGAUUGAGAUAGAGUCAAAGGCUUUUCAGCUUGGUUAAACGUUACAUUAUGAUCGACCUGGGGUCA